UUACAAAUCUAUAAAUUGAUUUGUGAUUAUUUGAAUGCAAUAGCCGUGUUGAAAGAAAAACACAUUCGGCCAUAUAUAAAUUUCCAUGAAAUUAUGCCAGAAAAAAACUUUGAUAAACUUUACGAAAAUCCUCACGUCACACAUUCGAAUCGUCUCACACAUAAACACAGAGAAACUUGUUCGAAAAAUUUCGAAUGUAAUAAAAUGAGUCAAAGCAAGCAAAACAGUUCCGGCGAAAAUAGCACGGAUGAUUCGACGAUAAAAUCAUCAUUGUCAAAAAUGACAACUGAAGAAGCUAUCGAAUACUUGGGCGAAAAAUAUGCUACUCGUUUUACGAUGAAUGAUCCAUUGUUCGUUGAGGCUGUUAAUCGUCAAAUUUCCGUUCCGCCAAUAGAGAUAAACUACAUUGGUCGAAUCAAACGAUACAGAAAUAACCCAAAUCACAAUUACAAUCGAAGGGAUUAUAAUCGUUAAUAUUUUAUUCUAUAAAUUCAUUUCUUUAUAUUC